AUGCCCACUGACUGGGUCUCUCCGGUGGUGAUUGUUCCCAAGCGUGAUGGUAACAUUCGAUUGUGUGUUGAUAUGCGGAUAGCAAAUACGGCUAUCAAACGAACCAGACAUCCAAUACCAACUGUGGAAGCUGUAUCCAUGGAACUCAAUGGAGCACGUAUAUUUUCAAAGCUUGAUCUUGCUCAAGCAUACCACCAACUAGAACUAUGUCCAGCAUCCCACAGCAUCACAACAUUCUCAACUCAUUGCGGUCUCUAUCGUUAUAAGCGAUUAAACUAUGGAACUAAUGCCGCAGCUGAAUUGUUUCAACAUAAUCUGCAGGAAACAUUGCUAGGAAUUAAAGGGGUCAAGAACAUUGCUGACGACAUAAUCGUAUUUGGAAGUAAUAGAGCAGACAAUGACCGUGCAUUGGAUGAAGUUCUUGCCCGAUUACAAGAUCACAAUCUCACACUUAAUUGCCAAAAGAGCAAGUUCCUGAAGAAGAACCUUGAGUUUUUUGGGUUAUUAUUCUCAGAACAUGGGGUCUGCCCGGACCCAAAAAAGGCAUUACCCUCCGUUCAAAGGGCGUUGAAGUCACAUGGAGCACAACUAGCGUUAUGUCAAGAGCUUGCUGCACGUUCUGAACAACAUAGAGCUGUUCUUGAACAUGAUCAGUUUGUUUUGGUUAUCACAUUAAUGAACUGUGCAUUGCAGGAUGAUGCGAGUUUGAGCGAUGGUGCUGUUGCAUCAGCCUUACUUCCUUUGAUGUCAGAGUUUUGCAGGAACUUAAAACCAGGAGUGAUGCAAUUUGCAUACCCUUGCGUUCAAGAACAUCCCAUUUGGCAAAAUCCGCAGUUUUGGGAAGAAACAUUCUUUAGCGAUGUUCAAACGGAUAUAAAGCAUUUAUACGAUGGAACGAGCGCUAAAAAGAGGCUAUCUACCGAUAAACUGCUAGCCCAUAGUUCUAGCAUUUUUGAACGCCUAUCCACUCCACGAAACUCACGGAACAGCCUCACGCAAGCAUCGCCUCCGUCAUUAGUACCAAAAAAAGACCUCAUUGUGAUCACGAAAUCUGGUAUCUACCCGCAGGAUGUAUCUGAUUCUGAUUUGAUAGUGAAGGAUGAAGCGUUAGAUAUUGCUGCUAAGCAGCUUGGCAUGUGGGAAACAUUUUCAAAAGAUUCACAAAAGACAUACGUAACAAACGAGGAAAGCAUCGUGUUCAGCAAAGCUAUCCACUUCGUCAAUCGUAUGGUGUAUCUCAUGAUACCCCUCAGUGUCUCUCAAAUGGUUAAACCAAAGAAGAGACGUCAAAACGAUGUCAUUCUAGAAAAUACUGGGGUGGGUAGUGUGUAUGGGGACGUCCAUGCUGGUGACCACUGGGAAGAUGAUGAAACGGACACGAUUAUUAAUGAAGUGACGAGAUUUGUUAUUCGCUUUAUGGAUAGAGUUGGAACAGUUGCAGGAAUUUCAACCGACCAUUUAAAGUCUCUUUACAGCUUGGUGCCAAGUGUGGUGACUAUGCACACAGAAUCACUGGAACCAGUUUACAGAGAAUAUAAACAACUUGCUCCCAUUCGAAAGGCUAAGAUAAUCCGACCCGCCAUGUUGCCUUUAGAAGAAAUGCAAAUGGAUGGACUUCGCUGUUAUUUAAUUCCGGAUGGUCGGGAGACUGGCACUUGUGUGCAUUAUGGUGGUCCUGUUAUGUUCCCUGCGGAAGGUGCAGUAUUUGUUACUAACUAUCGGAUUAUAUUCAAAGGAACUCCUCUUGAUGAAUUUGCUUCAGAAAUGAUCGUGACGGGAAGUUUUCCAAUUGGAUCCUUAGUGAGAGAUAAGAAACUCCCAGCUCAGUAUUUGCGACAUCUUAGAUCUUGGUUGCAAGAAUGUGUUCAAUUGCGAUCUGCGACGUUUCAGACACAUUCUCGUUUAAAGAAGCGGACAAGAAACCGCCUGCAAAUCCCACCCGCAGAAAAUCAACCGCGCAAUACUGGCGCUAGGAUACCUCGGGCUGUUAGUGAUAUUCGAAAGGAAGCAAAGCAAGCGAGAGGAUCGAUGAAACGAGGCCAAACUCGAAAUGGCAUAUCGUCCCCUAGAUUACCUAGGAAUAAUUUUUCAUCCGAUGGUUCUGUAGAAAGUAUGAGUGGCGAACAGGUUGAUGGAUCUUUUGUUGUACGAAAUUCGCCGGUUAUUGAAAACUUGAAUUUAACCCCGUAUUGUGAAGAGUAUAAAAGACUUGGCUUUGGCUCUGUACUUGAGGAACGUAUAGGGAGUAAAAGUGGAUCUUGGAGGCUUUCUAUGGUCAAUCUUUCGUACGCAGCCUGUCGAAGUUACCCAGCUGUUUUAGUGGUGCCACAACACGUGACCGAUGACUCUUUGUUACGCGUGUCUAAAAACCAUCGCCAUAUGCGUUUUCCUGUUGCGACGUGGAGACAUAAAGUCAAUAAAUUCGCCGUUUUAUGGCGAUCUUCUGCCAUUGAACGAAGCUCUGUGGCAUCCAUCAUUCACUCUGGUGUAGCUGCAAGUGGUGGAAGCACUGACGCAAUACGUUCAUCCAACGUGGAGCAAGAUAAAUAUUUAUCUGCCCUAGUAUCCUCGAAAAAUAAACGAGAACUAAUGAAAAAUAAAGCGGAGGCGAAACAUCGUUCACUGGCAGCCAACGUCAGCAUGUCUAAAGCAACGAUGAAUCUACGAUCAAAUGACAAGGCAUCUAAACGUGUUUCUGUUGUGGAUUCCGUUGACAAACCAAUAACUCAGCAAGGAUGGGAGCCUGCUGCACUGUACGUUUUUGGAGACAAAAGCAAUUUAAAGAAUUUAAAGAAAGAUUCGUAUCUUAAUAUUGAUUUCGUUCCUAUUGAGAUACCGGAUGUACGUGAUCUCAAAACCAGCUUACGUAAGUUGUUCAAAGUUUGCUGUCCCAGCAAUCCCCCUAAAGAUUUAACACAAGGUGAUCCAUUUUUCAAGUCGUUGCAAGAUACUGAUUGGUUGAAGCAGUUAUCGCUUGUACUUCGGAUAUCCGGUGCUGUCGUGGAUCUUUUGGACAUUCAGGGAUCAUCUGUUCUUGUCUCGUUUGAAGAUGGAUGGGACAUUACUACACAAAUACUACGUCAGUAUCCACUAUCCUUCGAAUUCAACGAGUAUUAUUUACAUUUCCUCGCCUAUCAUCAUGUCUCCAUGCGUUUUCGUACGUUUUUACUGGAUUCAGAGCACGAACGUGUGCAGAUGGGUUGGCUAUCAGAUGCUGAAAAGAAAGAUGCAAAGAAUUCUAAAUCUCACAUAAAAAGUCUUUGGGAUUACAUCGACAUGCUACACAAAAAAUCAUCAUUAUUUUAUAAUUUCAAGUUUUCGAAAGAACAUUCUGAAAAGGUGCUUCGUCCUCAUUGCAACGUUUCCAACCUGAAAUUAUGGAGUUACUUUGUUUCGGAGAAUGUCUCCACUGGUCCAGAGUUUGAUCAAGAAGUCAUUAAUGAGACAGAAACUGCUGCAGAGGAAGGACAACAGAAGUUAGAAGACAAGUACAAUGCCAACAGAUCCAUCACGACCUGCAACUUCUAA